UUAUAAAAAGACGGGAGUGGAGAAAAAGGUGGCGGUCGGAGUGGUGGAGGUGGUGUUGGGGGGCGGUGAUGCCGAUUCUAAAUCUAAAAAAGAGGUCUUGGGAACAUUCUAUGAGAAAACAUGGUGUUGCCGUGGUGGCUGUCAAAGAUCAGCGACAACUCAUCUUUUCCAUGGCCGCUUUUUAAACCCCUCUCUCUUUUUCUUCCCUUCCUCAGGGCUAAUCAGCUUUUCCUCUGGUUUUUGGUUUUUUAAUCAGCUAAAGAUAAGAGUAUUAGCAUUGUGGUGGUGGCCCUCUCAGGUCGGUUUUUUCUAGGCUUUGUCUCCCACAGCUAUAGUGUGUGUACAUAUAUUAUAUAUUUCCAGUGCUUUGCACUUUGUUUCCACUGUUUUGGAAUCAUCCCUCUUUUGUAUUGAUUCUUCUCUCCACCUUUGCUGCUUAUCUUGGACCAUUCCAUUGCAGUAUUGCACUACCCUUUCACUGUCUACCUCUCUUGUGAGUUCUUGAGACCACUAAGCUCAAAGAUUCCAUCUUUUUUUUGCCUGUAUCUGUUUUCUGUAAAGAGAUAGCCUCUUUUCUGGGCCUUCUUUUGUAUAUUCUGCAAAUGGGUCCUUUUUGUGUGUGUAUGUUUGUUUCUUGUCUGCUCAUUUGGUGCUAGUCUACAACUCUAACAGAGGUGAUGUUUGUUUUCUGUCUCAGGUCCUAAGGGUCUUUUCCAUUGGUUUUGAGAGGCCUAUCUGUUAUUUAGUUCUGGUUUCAAGAGUUGAAGUUUUCUUGAGAUUAUUGUGAAGGUGAAAGGAGCUGUCAAAAUGAAGUUCAUGAAGCUUGGGUCAAAGCCUGAUCUGUUUCAGAGUGAGGGUGACAAUAUCAGGUAUGUAGCUUCUGAAUUGGCAACUGACAUGGUCAUUGAUGUUGGAAACGUGAGAUUUUAUCUACACAAGUUUCCCCUUCUGUCCAAGAGUGCUCGCUUGCAACGGCUGGUGGCCUCUUCAAAUGGAGAGAACCCCGACGAGAUUAACAUCCCGGAUAUACCCGGUGGAGCUGCUGCAUUUGAAAUAUGUGCAAAGUAUUGUUACGGCAUGACAGUCACUCUUAACCCGUACAACGUGGUUGCCACCCGUUGUGCGGCAGAAUACCUGGAGAUGAACGAAACAGCCGAAAAAGGAAAUCUUAUCUACAAAAUUGAAGUCUUUCUCACAUCAAGCAUCUUCAGGACCUGGAAAGAUUCUAUCAUUGCCCUUCAGACAACGAGAUCUUUUCUUCCCUGGCCGGAGGAUUUGAAAAUCGUUAACCGCUGCCUAGACUCCAUUGCUUUUAAAGCAUCAAUCAACCCUGCAGAGGUUGACUGGUCAUAUACCUACAACCGUAGGAAGCUUCCAUUCCAAGACGGAAGCUUCCAUACCCCUGUCCCAGAUGACUGGUGGGUGGAGGAUCUUUGUGAGCUUCAUAUAGACUUGUACAAACGAGUCAUAAAGGGUAUAAAGGGUAAAGCAUCUGGUAAGGUGAUCGGAGAAGCGCUGAAAGCAUAUGCUUAUAGGAGGCUGCCAGGGUUCAGUAAGGGCACAAUAAAAGGCAACGAUCCUGUGAAGUGCCGGCACGUGGUUGACACCAUUGUUUGUCUAUUGCCUACUGAGAAAAACGGUGUUCACUGCAGUUUCUUACUGAAACUUCUCCAAGCAUCGAUCGCUUUGGAAUGUGGAGGAACACAGAGAAGGGAGUUGAUCAAAAGGAUAGGAUUGCGGCUGGAAGAGGCUACAGUGGCUGAUCUUCUCAUUCAAGAAUCCAUUGACAUAGUGCAGGAAGUAGUGGAGCAGUUCGUGAUGGGGGAAGGAAGUGAUCGGGUUGAAUGUAGACAAGACAACGUGUUUGAGUCAAAUGCUUCGAAGACUAAGGUGGCUACGCUGGUUGAUGGAUACCUCAUGGAAGUGGCAAGAGAUCCUAGUCUGCCUUUGCCAAAAUUUGUUGGUCUUGCUGAAAUGGUCUCAGGAUUCCCCAGGACAUCACAUGAUGGAAUUUACCGCGCGAUUGACAUGUAUCUCAAGGAGCAUCCUGGGAUCACUAAAAGCGAGAGAAAAAGAAUAUGUCGGCUAAUGGAUUGCAAGAAGCUGUCAGCUGAGGGGUGCAUGCAUGCUGUCCAAAACGAGAGACUUCCAUUACGGGCUGUUGUACAGCUUCUGUUCUUCGAGCAACUACGAUCCGCGACCACAUCAUCCGAUGAGGUCAGCAGCAGCAGCACUACUACUACUACAUCCAACCUACCAGGACGAGGGUCGCUCGGGAGCUCUAGGACCGUCACGGAGGGGGACGAAGAUUGGGAUAAUGUUCGGCCUGUCCCUACAGCGGAGGAGGAAAAGAAGCUCAAAGCCUUAAAAGUGGAGCUUGGUAACCUGAAGCUAAAGGAAAGUGCAAUAUCGAAAACAAGAGCCGUUGCUUCGGACGAAGUGAAGAGUUUAAUAAUGUCAAAGAAGAAGAAGAUAUUCUCAAAGAAGAUGUGGAGAAGUAACAAAGAUGGACAAAGUGAAAACAGCAGCUCGGACACCUCAGACAGCCCGGCCGCAUCAAGAAGCAGGCGGCAUUCAUUGUCUUCCUAGUUUUUGCAUUAUCAUAUUGUUUAUGUUAUUUUAAUUGUGUGUUUGUGCUUAAUUAAGUAUGUAGAGCAUCUAAUUAAGGAAAAACAGCGUCUGUGUCUCGGUUUUGCAUUCAAUUUUAUCACCUCUAUUGCUAGAAAUGUGGUAAUAUGUUUGUACCGUUGCAUUAGCAGUGCUGUAUAAGAAUUUGUAUUUCCCUGUUUAUCAUCAAUAUGUUGAUUUGUUACAAAAAUGAUGUUUGUAUCCACUCUUAUACCCACUUUUGUACCCACAUAUGUUUGUGAAGUGUUUUAUUUUUAUUUGCACAAACAAAAUAUUGUCUGUGAAUCGGGUUCACAAACAAAAAAAACAUUUCACAAACAUGGUGGAUAUAAGAGUGGGUACAUCAAGCAUUGUUGGAC